CCUCUCCAACUCCGUGUCAGCCAGUCAGAGCGUCUGAGCGCGCACACCGCGCCUCCCCUCACUCGCCCUUUGGUUCACGCGCGCAGAGACGCGCACACACCUCAUCAGACCCGAAAAGAGGAGAGGAGAGGAAAGGUGUGGAGCGCGCUCUAACUUCUCUGUGCGCUCCAACUUGACUUUCGGCUUGCUGUUUUGGAACAGCGCGCGGAUUUUAUUCCCGUUUAUUGUUUUUUUUUCGUCCCAAACUGAGGAGAACCACUUUGAUGAACAGACUGGAGUCUCAUCAAUAAUUUGUCCCAUACAUUUCCUCCGCAUAAACAGAACCAAGAAGGAAAAGAAAGAUGGAUGAACGGAGUUAUUCUUGUGUUUUACUAACGGCUUUCUUCUUCUUACUUUUGGAAUUUACUGAAGGACAAUUCUUUCCAGGUGGCUGUACGUUUGAGGAGUCGUAUAGCAGCUGUGGGUACAGUGUGUCUCUGGGAACCAAUGGAUUUACUUGGGAACAAGUCAACUCCUGGGAAAAAACAACCUUGGACCCUGCCCUUCCAACUGGUUCAUACAUGGUGGUCAACGCAUCAGGCCGUGCUUCUUGGCAGAAGGCUCACCUGUACAUGCCCGUCCUGAAGGAAAACGACACCCACUGUAUCGACUUCCUUUACUCCUUGUCCAGCCGGGAUGGAGCCAGCCCCGGCACUCUCAAUGUUUACAUCAAGGUAAACGGCGGGCCCCAGGGCAACCCCGUGUGGAACGCGUCUGACACCGUCACUGAGGGCUGGGUGAAGGCUGAGCUGGCUAUUUCUACUUUCUGGCCCAAUUCUUACCAGGUAAUAUUUGAAGCCGUUUCUGUCCAAGGCCAUCCGGGUUACAUCGCCAUCGACGACAUACGUGUCCUGGCUCAUCCCUGCCGUAAAGCUCCACACUUCUUGCGCCUGCAGAACGUGGAGGUCAACGUGGGUCAGAAUGCUACAUUUCAGUGCACAGCUGGAGGGAAGUGGUCUCAGCAGGAUAAACUCUGGCUGCAGCAGUGGAACGGCAAAGACACGGCGCUGAUGGUGACCAGGGUGGUGAACCACCGCCGUUUUUCAGCAACUGUUAGCGUUGGUGACACAUCUCAGCGCAGCACCAGCCGCUACCGCUGCGUCAUCCGCUCAGAUGGAGGAUCUGGGGUAUCCAACUAUGCUGACCUCAUUGUUAAAGCUCCACCAACUCCCAUCGCACCACCAGAGCUUCUCGCUGUUGGAGCCACCUACCUUUGGAUAAAACCCAAUGCCAACAGCAUCAUCGGAGAUGGGCCCAUCAUCCUGAAAGAAGUCGAGUAUCGUACUACCACAGGGAACUGGGCGGAGACCCAUGUGGUUGAUUCCCCCACCUACAAACUGUGGCAUCUGGAUCCAGAUGUGGAGUAUGAGAUCAAAGUCUUGCUUUCCAGACCUGGAGAAGGAGGGACCGGACCACCAGGGCCACCGCUGGUCACCAGGACUAAAUGUGCAGAUCCGGUCCACGGCCCCCAAAAUGUCAACGUGGUGGAUGUCAGAGCUCGUCAGCUGACCAUUCAGUGGGAGACUUUCGGGUACGCUGUGACGCGCUGCCACAGCUACAACCUGACGGUGCAGUACCAGUAUGUGUUCAACCAGCAAGAGUUUGCAGCUGAGGAGCUGAUCCAGACGUCCUCACAUUACACGCUGAGGGGGCUGCGGCCCUUUGUCACCGUCAGGCUGCGGCUCGUCCUAGCCAACCCAGAAGGCAGCAAGGAGAGCGAGGAGAUCGUUAAGCAGACGGAGGAGGACGUGCCAGGCUCUGUGCCCAUGGAGUCCCUGCAGAACACUCCGUAUGAGGAGAAGAUCUUCAUGCAGUGGAAAGCUCCCAAUGAGACCAACGGGGCCAUCACUCUGUAUGAGAUAACCUACAAGGCGCUGAGCUCGCUGGACCCCAGUGCUGAUCUGACCACCCAGAGGGGCCGUGUGUUUAAGCUGAGGAACGAGACCCACCACAUGUUUGUUGGCCUGUACCCCGGAACCACCUACUUCUUCACCCUCAAAGCCUCUACCAACAAAGGCUUCGGCCCACCUGUCACAAAUCGGAUCAGUACCAAGAUAGCAGCCCCGAUGAUGCCAGAGUAUGACUCUGAAAGUCCACUCAAUGAAACAGAGACGACCAUCACCAUCCUCCUGAAGCCUGCACAGUCCCGCGGAGCACCCAUCAGCUCUUACCAGCUUGUGGUGAAAGAGGAGCGCAAGUCUAAAACCCGCCGAGCUGCCCCUGAAGCCCUCGAGUGUUUUUCUGCUCCGGUCAGCUUCCGCAAUGCCUCCAUCUUGGAUUCACCGUAUUACAUCGCCGCUGACCUGCCGCCAUCCAGCCUCACGGUGGUGCAGCCCUUCACAGUGGGGGACAACAAGAGCUAUGGCGGUUUCUGGAAUCCGCCACUGUCACCCGCCAAGAGCUACAGCAUCUACUACCAGGCCAUGAGUAGGGCUAAUGGGGAAACCAAAAUCAACUGUGUCCGCCUCGCUCACAAAGUGGUAAUAGGUAGGGGACAAAUAACAACGCCGUACAUUCUAGUCAUCCCGAGCGAAGGUGCAUCCACGCAGGAUUCGGAUGCCAUGGAGCCGGAGAAGCAGGUGGACAGCACUGUGAAAAUGGCGGGAGUGAUUGCAGGGAUUCUCAUGUUCAUCAUCAUCCUCCUCGGACUCGUCCUCACCUUCAAGCGCAGAGAGAUUCACACGUGGAGAACUCUGAGCGUGGGGAAGUUGGCGAAAAAGCAGAAAGAGACAGCCAGCAGCUCCACUCAGCAGAGGGAGAUGGGACCUGUCACCACAGCGGAUAAGAGCACCACCAAAGUCAGCACCCUGCACAAAGACGACCCCUUCUCCACCUCCAACCAGGACCUCAACGGCUUCACCUCUCCCUCCCCCUGCUCCUUCUCUGUGCAGGGAAGCAAGACACUGCAGAGCAAAUCCCUGCUGAAUUCCUACUACUCAGUGUCCAAAGAACCUGUUCCAGCCACAACUUCUAUAGACAGCAGUCAGCCGUCUCUUUCCCAGCCCUCCCUGACCCUGCAGAGCUUUCCGUACGGAGGCUGUGAGUCUGUGGAAAUCUCCUAUCAGAGCGGUCAGUUCCAGGCCGGUCAGUUUCAGCCAGCGAUCCGGGUUGCAGAUCUCCUCCAACACAUCACUCAGAUGAAAUGUGGACAGGGUUAUGGUUUCAAGGAAGAAUAUGAGGCUCUGGCAGAAGGACAGACGGCGCCCUGGGAAACUGCGAAAAAGGACGAAAACCGCAACAAGAAUCGCUAUGGCAACAUCAUCGCAUAUCCCACAGACGAUCACACCAGAGUCCGGCUGCAGCUGCUGGAUGGAGACCCCCACUCUGACUACAUCAAUGCCAACUACAUUGACGGGUACCAUCGACCCAGACAUUACAUCGCCACACAAGGGCCCAUGCAGGAGACAGUGAGGGAUUUCUGGAGGAUGGUUUGGCAGGAGAACACGGCCUCAAUCGUCAUGGUUACAAAUCUGGUGGAAGUGGGAAGGGUGAAGUGUGUUCGCUAUUGGCCCGACGAGACCGAGGUGUACGGAGACAUCAAAGUGACACUGAUAGAAACCGAACCCCUAGCAGAGUAUGUUAUCCGAACCUUUACAGUCCAAAAGAAGGGUCAUCAUGAGAUCCGUGAACUCCGUCAGUUCCACUUCACCAGCUGGCCCGACCACGGCGUUCCCUGCUACGCCACUGGAUUAUUGGGUUUCAUUCGACAGGUCAAGUUCCUCAAUCCUCCAGAUGCUGGACCCAUAGUGGCACACUGCAGUGCUGGAGCCGGGAGAACAGGCUGUUACAUCGCUGUGGAUAUCAUGUUGGACAUGGCAGAGAACGAGGGAGUUGUGGACAUUUUCAAUUGCAUCCGAGAGCUGAGGUCCCAGAGAGUCAACAUGGUUCAGACCGAGGAACAGUAUGUGUUUGUUCAUGACGCCAUCUUGGAGGCGUGUCUGUGCGGGAACACCGCCAUCCCAGUGUGCGACUUCAGAGCGAUUUACUACAACAUCAGCAGAAUAGACCCACAGACCAACUCCAGCCAGAUCAAAGAUGAGUUUCAGACUCUGAACAUAGUAACUCCAAGAGUCCGUCCAGAGGACUGCAGCGUGGGUUUGUUACCCAGGAACCAUGAUAAGAAUCGCAGCAUGGACGUUCUCCCAGCAGACCGAUGCUUGCCUUUCCUCAUAUCUGUGGACGGAGAGAGCUCCAAUUACAUCAAUGCUGCAUUAAUGGAUAGUCACAAACAGCCAGCAGCCUUCAUCGUUACGCAGCAUCCUUUGCCAAACACCAUAAGCGACUUCUGGAGGUUGGUGUUCGACUACAACUGCUCCUCCAUUGUGAUGCUCAAUGAGAUGGAUGCAGCACAGCUAUGCAUGCAGUACUGGCCAGAGAAAAACUCAUGCUGCUACGGCCCAAUUCAAGUGGAGUUUAUUUCAGCCGAUAUUGAUGAGGACAUCAUCAACCGAAUCUUCAGGAUCUGCAACAUGGCCAGGCCUCAGGAUGGUUAUCGCCUGGUGCAGCACUUCCAGUUCAUUGGUUGGCCGGCUUACAGGGACACGCCUCUUUCUAAGCGCUCCAUUCUCCAAUUGGUCAGAAGGUUGGCUAAGUGGCAGGAGCAGUACGACGGCGGGGAUGGAAGGACUGUGGUGCACUGCCUUACCGGAGGAGGCCGUUCCGGAACGUUCUGUGCCAUCUGCAGCAUCAAUGAGAUGAUCCAGCAGCAGAAUAUUGUGGAUGUUUUCCACACUGUCAAAACACUGAGGAACAACAAGACAAAUAUGGUGGAGACUAUGGAACAGUACAAGUUCUGCUAUGAGGUGGCUCUGGAGGCGCUCAACUCCUUCUGAUUGGAGUGUGCAAUUUUCCACUGACGCUGCCUGUCAUUCCCGUCGCAACACUGGGACACACAAAGUGCAAAACUGCUCCUUAUUGACCCGAAUUCUUCUUGAGCGCAUGUGUGGGUGUGUGUGUGUGUGUGUGUGUGUGUUUGAAAGUGUGUGCAUGUGUCUGAAGAAGAGAGGGCAUGUUGGCAUACGUGAGCGUGUGUAUAUCUAUAUGUGUGCCUGUGAAAACACACACUCACCACUUGUACAUAGAAAUGGGAGGGGGGGGUAACAAACAGACACACGUGUUAUUUUAAAUUGUGUGUUUGCUGUUGCCAAACGCUGGACUCUACAUGCUUGUACAAAGAAGACAACAACAAAAAAUAUGUUAAAAAAGUAAAUCAGAUGUUUAAAAGAAGCAUCACUUUUUCCUUCAUUCUUUCUUUUGUCCUCUCUGCAAGGCUGUGAUGUGACUACUGUACAGUAUCUCCUUUUUAGAUAUAUUCUCCACCUUGAAUGUUGUCUCCCUCAGAAGGCUGGAAGCACACUGAAAGACUUCCUUUUUUUUGACAGGCUGAAUCCAUUUCAAAUCAAUAAACAGCUGUUAGAGAUGAAUAGUUUUGCAGACAGUGCCUCUUGUCCAGGUAAAUGUUGAACCUUUGUACUUGUGUUACAAUCGCCUCAAAGAAAAAACUAUUUUUUUCCCUUUCUUUUUUCUUUAAACUGCAUUAAGUCCAAAUCAAUACAACUUGUAUUUCAGAUAAGCAGUGCCACUUUGUCCAUUACAAAGCAAAAUUAAAAAAGUUGUUAGACGGAAAAUGUGUCAAUACAACAGACAAAAACAACAUUCCACCAACAACCAGUGGAAAUACGCUCUACAUUUACAGAAGUACUUUGUAUUUUCUUUAGAAAUUAUAGUUUAGUAUGUUUGGGCGAUUAAUGUGUUGAUUGUACGACACAACUAUCAGAGUGCCUCGUUUUUUAUUCAAAGAAAGUAAUUCUGAUGCUUAUUGGAGUAACUAUAUUAAUACAGUAACUAUAUCCUCACAUGUAGACUGACAACAUGCCCUUCUGACUAUGUCAGUUGUUGGUUGAGGCAUAACUAACUUAGUUAUUCCUACUCAUGAUUUUUUGAUAUAAAGUGGGAAUCUUCUAUCUUGUCAGGGGAACGUUUUAGUGACAGAUUUUGAUUCUUUCCACUCUAGCAAGAGAUGAAGACCAUGGCUUAAAAAAAAACCAAAAGAACCACAUUAUCUUUUAUCUGGGAUCGGAUAAUGAGGCUCUUGUUGUGAAAAGGCUUCUGUUUUUUUGGGUGACAUGAGACAUUCAGUCAAAAGAGCAUCCCAAGUAGAGUUCUUCAUAAAACCAAGACACCUAAGUGAACAAAAUUCUGGCUUCACUUGCAUAAAAAUUGGUGGGCAGCCAAAUGCAGACUAUAUUCCCACACAUUCUAUGUGAGAUAUUGUGUGGAACUCAAUUGAAUGCCAUUUUAAAAGUGCACAAAACAGUUGAGGACUGCAUGUGGAAACUCUCAAGUUUCUCCUGAAGAUUCUGGCUGAGGUAAAAAGAGCCACAGUCAGGCCUGUAAUCUGGGAGUCAGCCAAUCAAACCUAAGGGUGUCAAGUAGGUGAGCAUUAGCCCCAAGUUUUAGAAACCUAAGUUGUGAGCCAAGCAUGGAAUUAAACCCACAAUCUGCUAGUAUAAAGACAAACACCACAAUGUUCUAUGACUUUGAUUUUAAAAUGGAAAAGGCCAUGAUCAGUAUGCAUCCCUGUUUGGAUCAGGAUUGUAGACCUAAGAGUAACAACUGACAUAACAUGUUUACAAUUCCUUCAUCACUUGUGACAAAAUGACAUGAUAUAUUUAAAUGUAAAGUAUCUUCUGUUUUACGGCACAUUCCAAAAGAUUGCAAUUUCUCCUUUACUGUACCAAAUCAAUAAUUAUCAUACUCUACCAGAUUACAUAUUUUUUAAAAUAUAGGAUUUUUUUUGGAUUUAAAAAAAAACACGAAAAAGACCAUACCAAAGUAAAUUAAACUACACUCUUCAACAUUGUCUAUCUUACAGUGUGCCUCCACCCUUUCUGUAAAUAAUAAAAGACAACCACAGUCAAACAAUCAAACACCAGAAGCAACCUAAGUGAAAGUUGUUUUGAAAAGCAUUCAAGUCAUUUUUUCUAAGAACUAUUGCUUUGAAGUUCUCCAAACCGUCCACUUUGAUGUGUUAUCUGAAAGAUGAAAGGAACUCCUGUGUGAAAUUCACUUGUACCCAUUUUCAGGUGUCAACAAUCGAAUCUCUCGUUAUGACUGAAGUGAUGUCUCUUACUAUAGAGAUGAUCUCUGCACCUGCUGCUUUGCUUUGUGAAAGUGGGCCGUGGAACGCAGUAGCAUUGGUCCAGAUUUGAUAAUGGACAUCUGCUAACCUGCAACACCUUGCUGUUUUUGUUUUUCUUCAGUUUGACAAAAGUGAACAAAACAUGUGCUACUUGAAUGAAUAAGUCUAAUUUGGAGCUGGACAGAACUCAAACAGCCCAGAACAAUUAUAUAACAAUAGUCGGGGGCUGUCAUGGUUUCAUAUGUGAAGCCUGUGAUUGAAAUCAAGGCAUGCAGGUGUUUUAGACUGGAACUGCUUCAGUAUGGAUCAUUUAUACCCAUGCAACUGUUUGGUUUUCCUAUUUCUUCUCAUCUAAGGCAGGAAAAUUACAACUCAAAGUUGAUGUUGAUUUUUUUUCAUUUGAUGAAGUUUUGUGUAUGAAGCCAUACAAGACUGAGCAGUAUUUUUUUUUUUCAAUUUUUGCUAUCACAUCCCCUGCAGUCAUUUUUGCCAAAUAAUCCCAACAUUAUUCAAACCCAUUGUGAUCAGACUGACAUGCCCGGUCAAGUGUCCUUGAUUUUCAUUAAACUCAUAAGCCAGGGAAAGUCAGGGUGAUGCACUCUGAGUAAAUGUAGGGCCAAAAUUAAGGUUGGAAUGAGAAAAGUCUCUUAAGUGUGCUAUCCAUUUUACAAAUUACAACACAAAGAAGGGUCAUUUAUUUCUGUUCCUUUUACAAACAAAGCCUCCGAUUUGCUUCCCCCUGAGCCAGUUUAAAAAUGCAUUUGAGAAAGUCAUUUCCUUGUUUGAUGGGAAAUGAUGUGAGUCGGGGUGAAGGACAGUCAACACAGCGGACGCUGAAAAUGCUCUGUGAGGGAGGGUGAGGUCACUUUAAAAAAUGAUCUCUUUUUAGUCUUCUAAUCGAAGCUCAGUUUCCUCUCAUCUAAUAUAAGCUUCAAUGAAGACUAAACCACCACUUUCAAAUUUCUUUAAUUUCAGCCUUUGGGAAAACAAAUCCUUUGUCUUGGUUUCUUACAAAAGUACUAUUAAUGAUUUUAGAUUACUUUAGAGUGAAGACCAGCCUCUGGUGGACAUCAAGAAGUUUUCAAAAAAGAUUUGUAAGCGAAUAACACAUGUAAAAAAAACUGUUGUGGCAAAUUGUUUGUGUUCACCUUUGUUUUUUUUUUUGCUUGAGUCCUGUCAGGCUUGUUAUGGACCUACUGAAAUAGAGUAACAUUACUUUGAAGACGAAAUGAAUGCCAGAGAUCUCUAUCAUCCCUGUUUCUUUGCAUCAUAGUAUUAUUUUUUGAUUGUUUUAUUUUGUUUCCUCACCUGUACUAUAUUUUUAUUUGAUUGAUUUUUACAUUUUUGUUCUGGAUUUGUACAUUUCUUUUAUAUAAUUAUAAUUCUGAUGAUUAUUUGUCAAGCAAAGUGCUGUUUAGAUCUUGUGAUGCCAUUAUCAUUGGUUGUUUAGUUGUUUGCAAUGUGGUUAACUUGAAAUAAAGGGACCAAAAUGUUGAAUGUGA